GGUUCACACAGACACAUCUCACUAAACAAAUUUCUGAGCUGGAGUAUUCUUGGAUCACCAGUGGAUUAUAUAGAAAGUUUCAUAGGAGUAAGAUAGGCUGCUCGUCCUUUUCGUUCUUUAUAACAUAAUGAUUUAGGCUGGUCCAACUUCAUUGUAAAAGGAUGCGCUGUCCAAGUCGGUGUCUUCACUAAAUAGGUGUCUCCAUGGCAUAAAUAUGUGUGACAUGAAUACACUACUGUCGUCACCUGUGUUAAGCAGUAGAAGUACACACAAAAAGGUAAUGGGUUCGGGUAAUGAACAGCAAUAACAGCAAUCCCGCAACUAAAGAAACAUUUAGCCUAAUGAACGGAACGAUUCCUAGGAGUUCGUUAGCGACAACCGCGGACGUAGCUGUCCUGCGGACAGUUGGAUCGGUAACAACUCCUGCACCAACUACAACACCGCUCCGGUUACCUGGGGUGAUGGACGCAGAAGGGAGAGUGGACGAAUCGAGGCUGCGAAUGCACAUUUUCAAAAACGGUGGUGUGUCUCCCACAGAGCGUGGCCUGGUGUGGCGUUUCCUGUUUGGGAUGUACCCCUGCAGCUCCACCGCUCUAGAGCGCCCCCUGCUGCAGGAGCAGCUAGCCGUCCGCUACCAGGUCAUGAAGAGGAAGUGGCAGCAGAUACUUCCUGAUUCCAUCCGGCUGAGACUCAACGGCACUGAUGGUAUCGUUCUCAAUCGUGGAGGUUUCGCUUUCCCUGAAAAGCUGUUUUUGGAUCUGUGCUCUCUCACGCUGUCCUCUCUCUAUUUCCUGCUUCUGACUCCCUUUCUCCCUUGUGCCCUGUUCUACGUUUCAGCUGAGUUGGUGGAAGCGGUGCGCUACUUUGACCAGAGGCAGGCCCAGGCCCAGCAGCAGGACCAGCAGGAGGAAGCCAGAGACAAGCUAGCCUUCCUGGAGCUCCAGGCACAGGUGUUGUUUGAGCGGGUAACCUUUGACCUUGAGGAGCUUCAAGAGGCUAUUCGGAUCAUUGACAAGGAUGUGCCUCGAACUGACAGAGACCUGGACUACUACUUGGGUGAAGGAUCAGGAAAUCUCUUGGUGUUGAGGAACAUUCUCAUCACCUACGCUGCUUUUCACCCAGAGGUCAGUUACGCCCAGGGGAUGAACGACUUGUGCAGCCGGUUCCUGGAGGUCAUGGACUCUGAGGUGGACACGUUCUGGAGCUUCUCCUGUUACAUGGAGAAGUUCUCUAAGGACUUCACGGCGGAUGGCCUACACAGGAAGAUCGAGCUGGAGGCGGCGCUGCUUAAGGAACUAGACCCUCAGCUCCACGCCCACUUGGUCACAGACAACAUGGAGAGUUUCACCUUCUGUCAUAGGUGGCUGCUGCUGGGCUUCCAGAGGGAGUUUGAACACAGUGAUGCGCUGCGUUUGUUUGAGAUCCUGAGUUGUGACCACCUGGAACUCAUCUCACAGCAGGUGGAGCGUGCCCGCUACCAGGAGAGGCUGGCAAACAAACACAGCAUAGUUCCAGAGGAUAAUCUGCUGACGGAGCCCCAGGCCAUUAACACAGACUUCACCUUUGAACUCUUCAUCUGUGCCACCAUCCUGUUGGAGAACAGAGAAUCUUUGCUAAGAUGCAGGAACGAUGUACAGCUCAUCCAGUUCACAAGCAGCCUUCAGGGGACUCUGGACCUGAACUUGACCCUGAAGAAGGCCGAGGAGCAUUUCUACAACUACUGCAAGCGAUCCGCCUGGGACUACCUGAACGGACAUGGCCGGACUCGCAAGAACAAAGACGAACACUUCUUGUACCAGCUCCGUAGCUUCUUCUCCUGAGUCGAGGCGGGUCCAGCAGAACCCAGAAGUUUCAGCUUGAACCUGAAGAAACUGUGGUCCGGACUCACAACAAGAGAAACAGAACGAGAGACUUAUCGUCUGUAAGACUAGAACCCUCUUAAUAGGAUUUUAGGUGCACAUAUCCUGCCAAAAAGUGUUUUGUAAUCCUUGGAAGUCUGUGCUCAGGGAAUUAUGCUGCUUAACCCCAAUUCCUUCUACGUUAUUUUGUUGUUGUUCAUAUCUAUUUUGAGACAUAUUUGAUUGAAAGUGUUCUAUGGAAGAAUAAGUAUCAGACACGAAAUGGACGAAUGAAUGAAUGCUUUUGAUUCUAGUCUGGGAUUAAAAACCCUGGAAGAAAACAAAUAACGAAAAAAUAAAGAAAAACGUGCACCAGAGUAGGACCAGUACGGCUGCAACAGGUGUAACGUGGACCAGAGUAGGACCAGUACGGCUGCAACAGGUGUAAUGUGUAAUGUACUAUAAAUGACUUGAGGUGUGCUAUCUCAUGUCUUAGUGGGCCUGUGUAACAGGAGGAGCCAUCCACUGGCUCAGUUCUGUGAAAGAGCAGAAGG